UUUGUGUUCACGGGGACGACUGCAAACUGUGUUUCUUGAUGGGUGAGCGCCGGGGCAGAGCUGAAGAGGGCCGUUAUCAGGCAAUGUUCCACCUUAAAAGAUUACCCAUAGUGGCAACUGUGCAUGGGUUCGUGGAGUAUACAUAUAGUGCCGCUCCGCCGGUAAGACACACACACGCACACACACAGCACACCUCGACCCUGCCCUACCCCGCCCCUCCCACCCGUGCCCAGCGUCAUGACCUCCCAGCGCUGCUUCCGUGCCGUAUUGACCGCCACGGGGGCCCUCAGAGCGGCUGCCCGAUCCGCCCCACUCAUAGCCUCGGUAAGAGCAGCAAGCAGUGGCGCCAAGAGAAGCGUGAGUCUGGCCGCCGCCGCCCGCCAGCAGGUUACCGCCCGCCAGCACGAGGGAACAGCCAACGGCGUGGUGUGGUCGGCGCCGCGCGAAGACCUGCUGGAGGUUCGGUUCGGCGAUGGCUCGGAGGGCCGCCUGCCCUUCGUGUGGCUGCGGGACAACUGCCAGUGCCCGCAGUGCUUCAGCGUGGAGGCUCUGGGCAGGAAGUUACUCCUCGAUGACCUCAACCUUGAAGUCCACCCGAAAACAGUGCAGGAGGGCACCAACGGGCUGACGGUGGACUGGAGUGACGGCCACAGAAGUGAGUAUCCCGCCCAGUGGCUGCGGGAGCGAGCCUUUACGCCCAACGCCCUCGCCAAGCAGAAGAUGAAGUACGCCGUACGCAAGGAGCCGUGGGGCGCCGAACACUGCCUCAGGAACUUCGACUACAAUACACUGAUGUCGGACGACCGCGAGCUGCUGGACUGGCUGCUGACCAUGGAGCGGCAGGGCUCGGCCAUGGUGAGGAACACGCCUAGGAAGGACGUGGCGGGGCCGGAGCUCAUUGAACACAUCGCCUACGUCAAGCAGUCCCACUACGGACCUCACUCGCCCGUCAUCAACCGGCCCAACACCAACAACGUGGCCUUCACCAACGCCAAGCUCGGCAUGCACAACGACCUGCCGCAGUACGAACACAUGCCCGGGAUCAUCUUCAUCCAGUGCGUGGAGCAGCAUCCCGGCGCCGGCGGCGAGAGCGUCGUCACCGACGGUCUGUUCGCCGCCGAGGAGCUGCGCAGAAACUGCCCGGAAGACUUCCGCAUCCUGGCCACCACCGACAUGUACUUCUGGGACAAGGGCCACGCCAACUACAGCUGGGAGAUGCCGGAGUUCCACAAGAUCGCCAAGUUCCCGGUCAUCAGGGUGAACGGCAACAACGAGGUGGUGCAGAUCGCCGUCAACAACGCCAUCCGCGACUCUCACAUGGACCUUCCCGCCCACGAGGUCAAAAGGUACUACGCCGCCUAUAAGCGAUUCCACGAGAUUCUCUACGCCAACGCCAUCACCUUCAAGAUGGAGGCGGGAGACAUGAUGACGCUGGACAACGUGCGGUGCCUGCACGGGCGGGAGGGAUACGAGGCCAACAGUGCUCGCCACAUCGAGUCCUCUUACCUCGACUGGGACGAGGCGCGCUGCCGCAGACGCCGCCUGCAGGAGCAGUAUUAAGUGCGGGUCAGGAAUGUUUUACUGUAUGUUGACUCCAAUUAAUUUACGCAUCACAUAAUUUGUACAUGAGGAAAAUAAUUAAUCGUUUACGGAUGGUGGCAGUGACAAGCGUGUGUACCAGUGUUACCAUCGCGGUGGGCACCACAUUUAUUAGUUACAAUACACUGAAGCUAUGAGUGUUGUGAUGAAACGCUGUUGUAGGCUGGGCGACGCAACGCUCUCGGGGUGUAAGUCUCCACUGAUUGAUUGACUGAUGGGUUGAUUAACUGAUUGAUGUUUCUCGAGUCUCUGUGCGGCCCGCCCGUCCGCCUGCCCGCCUGUUCGUUCCUGUCCAAAGCCUGACCUUCCCCUGCCCUCUCACAAACAGCCCGUCAGUCGUCCGAGCCUCAUUGUUAGCCUCCCUUGCCUGUGUGAGUCGUCUUCUAAAGUUAAGCUUCCCGUUGUACGUGCAUGUGAGGAACGUUUUCUGUACUGUGUCUUAGCGUAGCCGGGAGGUAUACGAGUGUACCAAAUGAUGUUUGGAAGUAAUAUUUUUAAGACACCGUACAUAUAUAUGAUUAUCUUGUAUGCUAGUCAGUGUGAAGUGAAGUGUAAAGUGUAGUGAAGUUUGAUUAAAAAGCAUCUUAACUUUAUUUAUACGUGUACAAUAAAUAUUUUU